AUGCCUAAGAUCACGGAAAUCUUCCUCGACUGUGACAACACCCUGGUGUUGUCAGAGGAGCUGGCCUUUGAGGCCUGCGCUGACCUGGCUAACGAGAUCCUGGACAAGCGCGGCAUUCCUGAUCGCUACACUGGCGAGCAGCUGAUCAAAGACUUUGUCGGCCAGAACUUCCGUGGCAUGAUGAUUUCUCUGCAAGCCAAGUAUAAGUUUGAGUUGGAGCAGGACGAGCUGGAGAAGUAUGUCAAGAAGGAGGAGGACAAGGUCAUUGCCAAGCUCGAGGCCAAGGCGAAGCCCUGUGUCGGUGCCAACGAGCAGUUGGACAAGCUCUUCGCCGCGAAAAAGUAUCACAUGGCCGUGGUCUCUUCAUCGGCUCUGCGCCGAGUCGUCGCGUCGAUCAAGAAGGUCGGUCAAGACAAAUACUUUGAUCCCGACAUGAUCUUCAGUGCGGCUAGUUCUCUCGAGAAGCCCACCUCCAAGCCCGAUCCGGCCAUCUACCUGCAUGCGCUGAAGAAGUGCGGCAAGACUGCUGCGGAGACGCUGGCUGUGGAGGAUAGCAAGUCCGGUGCCCUCUCGGCUAUCCGUGCCGGUAUCGCCGUGAUUGGCUACGUCGGUAGCUACAGUGAGGAUAUGCAGGCGGAGAUGAGCGAGCGUCUGAUGGAUCUUGGUGUCAAGAUCAUUAUGACACACUGGUCGGAGUUUGAUAAGUGCCUGGAGUUCAUCGAGAACAUCCCCGCCGACGUUGCUCAGUCGAGCCUGUGA